AUGAGAUUUUUCUUAAGAAAAACAGGAGACAUAAAAACAAAAUUAAGAAAUGUCUGUCAGAAAAAUCAUAUUCAAAAGUUCAGUUUUAAGCCAAACGACGCAUUGCAACAUGUAUUGUUCAGCUAUAAUUCCGUUAUAGGUAUUUUGCAAGAGGCGGCUACUGGUAGUGAUGAAUUUCAGGAGUUGGAAGUGCAGGAAAAGAGUAAUUAUUAUGAGUUCAGAAAGAAGCCAAACGAUGAAUUGGAACAUGUGUUGUUAGGCUCUAAUUCCGUUAAAGGUUCUUUGCACGAGGAGGCUACUGGUAGUGAUAGAUUACAGGAGUUGCCAGUACAGACGGGUGGCAAUUGGAAAAGCCAAUACAGCGAGCUUUGUGUAUACCAUACAAAGUCCACAGUUAAAGUAGUGUUUGUUUAUAAAGCCAGCAUAUGUCAUCUGAAUGUUGAUUGCAUAGUUAGUGGAUCUAAUGAAAGGCUGAGUCACGAUGGAGGAGUAUCGAACGCCAUUGCAAGAGGAGCUGGAGACGAACUAACGAAAGAAUGCGACAAGUAUAUCAUAGCACACGGGCCUAUUCCUACCGGAAUGGUUGUCGUAUCAACAGCUGGGUGUCUUAGUUAUAAGUACGUUAUCCAUGCUAUUGGACCUAGAUGGGGUGAUUAUGAUACGAGCAGCUUAGAGGGUAUCGAAUCAUGUGGUGGGCAUCUGUACAGAGCUGUCUUGAACAGUUUCAUUGAGGCCAACAAAUUGAGCAUGAGAUCAGUGGCAUUACCGGCGAUCAGUUCUGCAAUAUUUGGUGUCCCGCUGAACUAUUGCACAGUCCAGUAUGCAAAGGCGGUAUUGGACUUUUGCACCUUGUCUAACAAUACAUCACUGCAAGAAAUUCAUUUCGUUGACAUAAAUAUGAACACAGUAAAGGCUAUCCAGGAAUCGUUUGAUUGCAUGAUACGCGACGAAAAACCAGCAACGUAUGAUUCACGCUGCUUUCUUCCAGUACAAAAUGCAAGAACACUGCAACUACAAACAAAAAAUGCAAACCGGAAGGCAAACGGUCGCUUCACAAAGACAUGGAUAUAAGCACAAGCAAGUCAAGAAUGACAUGGGCCCCCAGGGUGGUUAUGGAGGUGGUGGAUACGGCGGCUAUGGCGAUGGUGGAUACCAGGUUGGAUAUAUUAGCUAUGGUAACCAGGCUUACAGCGGUGGUGGAAGCUUCGGAAACGGUGGUGGUGGCGGCGGCAGCUAGGACAGCUACAGUUGAGGCGGUGGUGUUGGAUAUGGCGGCGGCGGUUAUGGUUGUGGUGGCGGUGGUGGAUAUUGCGGCGGCAGUUACGGUGGUGUUUGUGGACGUCGAUAGACAGAGUAUCUUGCAAGAGUGUUGGGUCCUGGUUCAUAGGCUAAAUCAAAUUUGAGGAAAAUCAAGCAUCAGUAAUUAAAUUGUUCAAAUAAUAAGAGAAGUCUGUAUUACUUAAGAAGUCCUUAAGUUUAAGUGCUCAAAUAGGGGUUUGAUUAAGGGGCUGACAUAUCUGAUGUCAGCUCCAUGCAGAUUUAGAAAACCUAAGAGAAUCCAGUCCAAUCAAACCAGUGAGUAUAAAUAUAGUGACAUAUCAAGUAUGAUUCCUAUUAAUGCCGUUAUCCUUCACAUUAAGUGAUGUUGGAAGUUAAAGUGAUCACAUAAGUGACAAUAUAAUCUGACAUUUAACUUGCUGUAUUGUUUGACGUGUUUAUUCUGACGUAAUGAGCACUUGCGCUUAACAUUUAUAAAACUUUUUUUUUUAUGUUUGUGUUGCUUUUUGUGUCUAAAAUAUAUUACAUCUUGGUAUCAUAUUGUUUGUUUUGUUGAAUCUGAUUCUAUUUUAAUAAAAAUGAUGGCUUUAUA